ACCAAAGUUUUAUUUGAGCUUAGAGGAUUCGAACUAGGGUUUUUGGCGCUUCAUCUUCUCCAAAACUCAAAAAACACACUCUCUUCCCGAUUCGAUCCAUAGAUCUCCAACUCCCUCUGCUUCGUCUUUUUUUCUCAGCUCCCGGCUACAGUCAAAUUUCCCUCCAAACUCACAAACCCACACACUCUUCUCACUCACAAUUCACAGUUCACAGUUCACAGUUCAAAAGUUCACAACAACAGCGAUGGCCUCGCGCUUCCAGGCCAUUCCACUGGUGGCGUCGCCGUCCUACCCCAACGCCGUUGCCUGGUCCGACGAGAACCUCAUCGCCGUCGCUUCCGGUCACCUCGUCACCAUUCUGAAUCCAGCAUCACCUUUUGGACCACGAGGCCUUAUCACAGUUCCCAAUAGUGAACCUUUUCCAAUUGGAGUUAUUGAUAGAAAAGAUUUAUUCUCUGGGUGCUUGUUGCCCAACUGUUUAUCUCGGGAUCGUCAACCUUGUGUUCGAUCAGUAUCAUGGUCACCACUAGGAAUGGCUCCUAACUCAGGAUGCUUGCUGGCUGUUUGUACAACAGAAGGAUGUGUGAAGCUUUAUCGUCCACCAUUUUGCGACUUUGGUGCUGAAUGGAUAGAGGUUAUGGAUAUAUCAGACAGGCUUUAUGAAUAUCUCACAAGUAUCAGCUUCGGGGAGUCAGAUGUUUCUUGCCCAAAUAAUUCUGACGCAACAAAAGACAUACAUGCAGAAGAUCCAGCUAGUUUUGUUUCCAAAAAAGAGUGCAAGCGAAGAAAAAUCAAUAAGGGCUCUCAAACUACUGGGGACCAAUUACCAUGUCAAGGAAACAGUGAGAAUUCCAAUUCUAGCUCUGGCCCUUAUAUUGAGAGGGAGGGACAAGGAUUAAAAGCGGUGUAUAAGCUUAGUUCUGACAAGCUGGAAGAAGGAAAGUUACAUCAUAUUGGUCCUCUGUCUAAAUGUAAAGCAAAGUCUCUCAAUAAGAUGCAAGAAAAUCGCACGCACCCACAAAUAACUGCGGCGCAGUAUGCUUCUCGCAAUGCGAUGCUAUGGUCACUUGCAGUUGCAUGGUCACCAUUGCUGCAGUUGUCAUCUAAACUCUGUUCAAUUCCUCAAAUUGGCUCAUCUGUUUCUCUACUUGCAGUUGGUGGGAAGUCUGGUAAAAUUUCAUUAUGGAGAAUAUAUGUACCAGAAUGUUACUCUAUUGAGCACAGCAGGGUCCCAACUGCAAACAUUGUUGGGCUCCUUGAGGCACACAAUUCGUGGAUUACAUCAAUCAGUUGGGCUUUUCUAACUUCUGAUUCUUCAAACCCUCAGGUUUUAUUGGCAACUGGGAGUUCUGAUGGGAGUAUGAGGAUCUGGCUGGGCAAUACUGAGGAAUUGUUGAACACAUCAGAAGUUGAUCGCACUCCCUUUUUCCUAUUGAAAGAGGUUAUAACUGCUGAUAGUAUCCCAGUUUCGGUUCUUUCACUUAGUAUGCCUGCUAAGUCCAUACAUAAAAUGCUCUUGGCAGUUGGCAAAGGAUCUGGAUCUUUUGAACUUUGGAAUUGUGACAUAUCUGGCAGAAAAUUUGAUAAAAUUGGCUCAUUUGAUGCUCAUUACCAUGCUGUCACAGACUUAGCUUGGGCAUUUGAUGGAUGUUCUUUGUACAGCUGCAGCCAGGAUAAUUUUGUGCGCUGCUGGAUUUUACGUGGUAGUUCUCUCCAUGAAGUUCCCUUCCCUUCAAAUACUCCCCGUCUUAGGAGCUCAACUGAUGUUCCAGAUGUAUUUAUUUCAUGCAUGGGUUUGGCAGUGUCCCCUGGAAAUCUUGUGCUUGUUAUGGUACGCAAUUUGGAUCUUGAACUAUUGGAUUCAAUGUACCAGAAAAAGGCUCAGAAGGCAGUUGUUGAGUUUUUCUGGAUUGGAGGACAACAACAGGAUCUCUUGUCAAAGGCUUCCCCCCUAGUUGAUGUUGUGGAAUUCCCUGCUUUUCCUGAGAAGGAAUUGGCUUAUUGGGAGUCUAAUAUUCUUUGGUCAUUGAAACAAUAUGAACAUUUGGAUAAGCCUUUGGUUCUCUGGGACAUCAUAGCAGCAUUAUUGGCUUUCAAGCAGACUACAUCAAAGUUUGUAGAACAUAUACUGCUUAAGUGGCUCUUAUCUUCAUAUAUUGGAUACAACAUGGAUCUUUCUGCUGAAAAGAUUUUGCCACUUGUCUCUAUAAGAUUAUCAAAGAUCAAUUCUCGCAAGCUGCACCUCCUAAAUAUAAUCUGUAGACGUGUAAUGCUAUCUGAGCUGAAGGCCGAUCAAGUAAACAGUGAAGUGCAGAACUUGGAAGUAUCACACGGUGCUGAAGGGGAACAAGUGACUAUGUGGACAGAGCUACUUCGCUGCAGUGAAAGAGAACUCCGUGAGAGGCUUGUGGGAUUUGGUUUUUCUGCUUUUCUAAGUCUUAAGUCCCAUUCAACCAUAACUGCUUCUCGACCUGGAUAUUGGUAUCCUGUUGGAUUGGCACAACUGGAGCAUUGGGUUGCUCUUAAUCAUGAACGUGUACAGGAUCAACUAAAAGUCUUGUCAUCAGAAGUUGGAAGGCAUGAGAAGAGACUUGAAUACAGUGAAUAUGAAGCGGCAGAGCAAUGUAGCUAUUGUUCAGCAUCAGUUCCAUUUGAAUCACCAGAAGUUGGCUUUUGUCGAGGUGUAGAGAGUGAUAGUGGCACUGGUCAGAGCCACAGACUACCAAGGUGUGCAGUUUCUAUGCAGGUUUGCCCUACCACUCCAUUAUGGUUUUGCAUAUGUUGUAAUAGAUGGGGUUCCAGAUUGGCACCCGAGACUCUUUUUUCAAUGUCCGAAUAUCCUUCGGAUUUCAAAUCUUCAACCGAAUCUUCUGUUCUAGAAGUACUCUCAAAACCUUUGUGUCCCUUUUGUGGGUUACUACUUCAGAGACGACAGCCAGACUUUCUACUUUCUGCAUCACCUGUGUAAAAAGAACGUUCACCUCUAUUUACAUUGCUGUAUUAGUUAUUAUAAAAGCUGUUUAAUUCUGUCUUUUCCAAGGCAAUGGCCCCAACUGCAUGCAUAGAGCUAGGCAGAAUGAAUUAGUAUGUAGCAUAGGGAUAAACAUACUGGAAGCAAAGUGGCAUUUGAUUAUACAUGAAAAUGGGAAGAAAUCUGGACUUGAAACC